AUGGUCUACCUUAUCCCAGUGUCGAACCUUGGAACGAUCCGAUAUUCUAGAUCGUUAUCGGGGAGCCCAUCUCAAGCUCCACAUCGGAUCUCCUCCCACAUCCUAAAGUGCUCCACCCAAAGCCGAGACCUAUGGGGAUAUAGUCACCAGCGAUACGGCAAUACGGAUAGCCACACUCGAAUUCGGAUAAACAAACAUCGCCGCCUUUGUCGAGUGAAUCUAGGGGCCAGAGCAGCUGUCCAUCCACGACAAGCGCAAACGCAGGUAUCAUGGGGUCAUCAGCACCACGACCGUCACCCGGGGUGGAAUAUUGGAUGGGGCUGGACUGGGUCCAAGCUCAGCUUUCCAGGGAUUUCUCAGAGUUCGUUACAGCCUCGGAUGGACUUCUGGAAGUCUGAGAGCUCCCGAAUUAGGCAGAUUAAGAAAGAGAUCACCGUCGAUCCUUACGCAGCUCUAUUCGGGAGAAGACUUGAACCUCUUGGCUUUCCGAACUUCGUCGAGGGUCGAGUCAUGUCAUUGUGUCGGUCAGUUUUCGGCCUCGAUAAAGCGCCCACGGUUGACAAAACCUCCCAUAUAACGCAGACCCGGGGUGUGGAGGACCAUGAAUAUGACCCUAUCAGUGGUCGUAUGGUUCCUAGGAAAUUACCCGAGAAGACCACCGGUUGUUCAGACAGAUCUUUGAAAACGCCCGCCGAGAGUUGCACGCGGCAUGAUGAAUGGACUGGCUAUCUCUCUGGUGUCGAUCGGUCAGAAACACAUUCAAGCGAGAAUGCACCCACAUACCAAGACUCAGAGUCGGUCAAGAAGGUCCAGGUAGCUCCGCCAGACAUUCCAGAACUGGCCAAAAAAGAGACAUUCGGAACAACCCCCAGCGAAAUCUCUCAGCGUCAGGAUACUACCCGACUCAUUAAGUCAGAUGUGGAUAUUCAUGGAAACGAUAUCAAAGAGCAACUUGAUCCGGGCCGGGAAGCAAAUGCUGACGUAUCCGACGAGAGAAGCCUCUCCAAAUCACCAAGCUUCUUAGAAAGCAAUCAUAAACCCGCAAGUUACACUGGCAUGGAUUCAGCGCAGCAACAGGAGCUUCUGGCAAGAGAGGAGGCAGAGGAUCUGGACCUCUUGCGACCUAGCGAUAUCCGUUUGUUAUAUAACGCAAAAAAUUUGAAGCGAGAGUCCGUGGAGCCGUGCGAGACACCUAAAGACUUGGAUGCUGCAUUCGAUUCAUUAGACCCGGGCAGAGAUGCCAAUUCUCAAGGCGCAAGAGAGGGGUUCCAGCAACAUGCGGCCGUAAAGUCCGGAAACAGAACGACAAACGAGCCUGCAGCGCUAGAAAGCACGAAGCAAGUACAUUCACGAGACGAAAGUCCAAGUAUUUCUCCGCCACCUUUCCAAAAAGAUUGGACCGACGCAUUACGAUCUGGCGAGCAGGGUCGUGGAAACACCCAGAUUACUGCAAACAGCUCUCUGCCCAGCGAUACUUACCACAUCCUAGCAUAUGAUCCAUCGACGCUACAAAUGACACGAGGGGAAACAAUAUCCUCUUUUCACACAACACACGAGUAUCUUCACCCUUCUGUGGUUCUUCCCCGCUUGAACAACCCAGCCAAGUUCUUACCAUACUUCGAAGAAAUGCAAGCCGAGGGCUACGAGAUCGUCUCGGGUGGUGGAGAUAUACUUGUGUUCACGAAGGCUCUCAACGCCGGUAACCGCGUCACAGACUGUGGCACUGAGAAAGCAAAAAUCGAACUUGGUGCCGCUGUGAGGAAUGAACCUUUGUUCAGUGAUGAGGCUAUCAGCCGAUCGAAACUUGCCCCUGGGCUGUCCCUCAAACUGGAUACUGCAAAUACUACUGGUCCUACCUCUAGUUGUGAUACUUCUGAAGGGGCCAACGUACUUUCCAAAGAGAGAAAGUCUAAGGUUGGCAAAGUCCUACGUCGGAUGCUCAUCGGUGGGUUUGUCACAGCUGCAUCGUGCUAUGCACUCGGUAUUGUCGGCGAAUAUUUCCGUACUGGUGGGCAGGACGGACGUGGUAUUGACGGAUUUACCGAGUUUGAAUCUGAAAGGCGCCACAGGGAUUGA